AUGAAAAGAGUUGCAUCAAAAGGUAUUUCUCGCCAAAAUUCCAUGAAAUUAAAUAUCGAAAAUGAUACUAGUAUUAAUGAUAAUUCAAAUAAUGAAAAUGAAUCUUUGGAUUCACCAAUACCUGAAAUUCCAGAAUCCCAAGACGAUAAAAACACAGAAACAAAUAUAGAAUAUAAUCAGGGCCAAUGGAUGAUUCAAAAUGAACCUAUGAUUUCUGAUUUUGAGGAAGAUUUACCAGAAGAUUUUCGUAUUCCAGAUCAACCUUUACAACCGAAAUACAAAAUAGUCAAGAGAGUUAAAAAGGCAAGCAGCCAGGCCCAGAAUCAGUCUACUUGCAGAAAAAAGGUUUUUUAUGGCAAAUCUCUCAAGAAAGGUUAUGGAAAAGUCAGUUCGAAAACGGCUGCUUACUUUACAGCAACAUUCGAGAACGAGAAUUCUCCAGAAAAAUCAGAUGAUUCUGAAUAUGAAUUUUUUUCUUGUUCGGAAGACGAAGAACCACCAAGACCACAACCAACUGUUCAGCUUCCUCCUCGCAAAUUUUCUAUUCCUUCGAAGCUCUGCAUUUUACAAAAUUUACCAAAUCAGCCAAUGGCAGAAUCUCAGCCAGCUAAGCGUGGCACCAGAGUUAUAUUAUUUGAUAGAGAUGAGUUCGCUUUGUCCGAUGAUGAUAAUUCCUCAGACAGCGACCACGAUGAUUAUAUCACGCAUCCUAAAGGUCCAGGACGGCCAAGGAAGAACAAAGACAGCUAUCCACCGCCACAUCCAACAUCAGCAACAGGAAAACCGAAAGGAAAACCAGGUAGAAAGCCAAAAGAAAAAUCAACCGAACCAAAAGAGCCAAAAGAACCGAAAUCAACGAAGAAACUUGGUCGUUCUGAGAUCAUUGUCAGCACAGAAGAUGAGGAACUCUUCUGCUUGAAUCUCACAAGAGCACAAGAGUUCAUGGCCGAGAAACAAAGAAUUAAACUCGCAAAGAAAAUGAGAAGGAUUUUGGUAAAUCAGGGAGAAGAAGCGGACUUUUCUGGCCAGGAACCUGAAAUUAACAUGGAAAUUAUUUCCAACCACACAAAAUAUAUGCUCAUUAAGGUGUUGCGUACAGUAUUUCUUGAUAAUGGGCAAGAAUAUUAA